AGGGCAUGGGGGAGUGGUAUUUAAAUGGAAAAGCUGACAGUGCUGCUGAGUGAGGGAGCGGGUGCUGCGAGCCGCCAGGCUGCACACGCACACGCACACCGAUGCACACGGACUUCGACACCGAAAUGGACACGGACACAGAAACCACAGCACUCUGCCCCUCCGGCAGCCACCAGGCCUCCCCCCCAGGGACGCCCACACCAGAAGCAGAUGCCACACUGCUGAAGAAGCCAGAGAAACGGUUGGCAGGGUUGGACAGAGGCGGGCCACCCCGUGCCCCAGGGGCCCCCAGACGAAGAGGCAGCAUGCCUGUCCCCUACAAGCACCAGCUGCGGCGGGCCCAGGCUGUGGAUGAACUUGACUGGCCACCUCAAGCCUCAUCCUCUGGUUCCUCUGACUCCUUGGGCUCAGGGGAGACAGUGCCCACCCAAAACGAUGGCAUCUUCAAGGUCAUGCUGGUGGGGGAGAGCGGAGUGGGCAAGAGCACCCUAGCAGGCACUUUUGGUGGUCUCCAGGGAGACAGUGCUCAUGAGCCGGAGAACCCAGAGGACAGCUACGAGAGACGCAUCAUGGUGGAUAAGGAGGAAGUGACUCUAGUUGUUUAUGACAUCUGGGAACAGGGAGACACAGGGGGGUGGCUGCAGGACCACUGCCUUCAGACCGGGGAUGCCUUUCUCAUCGUCUUCUCAGUCACCGACCGACGAAGCUUCUCCAAAGUUCCAGAGACCCUACUUCGGCUCCGAGCUGGGAGGCCCCACCACGACCUGCCUGUCAUCCUUGUUGGAAACAAGAGCGACCUGGCCCGCUCCCGGGAGGUCUCACUGGAGGAGAGCCGCCACCUGGCAGGGACACUGAGCUGCAAGCACAUCGAGACGUCGGCCGCUCUGCACCACAACACGCGGGAGCUCUUCGAGGGCGCGGUGCGCCAGAUCCGGCUGCGGCAGGGCCGGAGCCGUGCCGGGGGCCAGCGGCCCGAGUGGGGCAGCCCCGAGGGCCCCGCGCCGCCCGCGCGCCGCGAGAGCCUCACCAAGAAGGCCAAGCGCUUCCUUGCCAACCUGGUGCCGCGCAACGCCAAGUUCUUCAAACAGCGCUCCAGGUCGUGUCACGACCUCACCGUGCUUUGAGCCGCGGUCGCCAUGGUCACGCGGUCGCCAUGGUCACCGCGCCCUCCGCUCGCCCCCUCGCCCCUCCCCGCUCCGCCCCGGUCCGGCUUCCUUUGUGACGACCGUCUAGGAAACCAAAAACUCCCAGGACGCCCUGGUGUGGCCGCGGGGGGCGGGCCCAGACCCCUGCGGGGAAGGGGCCGGGGGGGUCUUCCCCCCUCGGCCCCGCCCCGCCCUCGGGCGUCCUGUGGAUACCUCCUUUCCGCAGAGCGCCUGGAAGGCCACGACGCAGCCCUGCGGUGGGGGCUCGCUGCGGCCGGUGGGCGGGGCGGGUUUCGGCUGGCAGGAAGGAAAAUAGUUCUGCAAGGUAUUUUGUUUUUUAUUAAUUCGCGCUUGACCACCUCUCCUGUAAAGAGAUCCUAACAGCGAGAACUGGCAAAGUGCUUUGUAGACUCCUUUACAGUUUUCCACCUUUGUACUCUGAGCGCACAUGCCUCACCUUUAAGAGAGUCUUAAAGGUAAAGACACGGAGACGCUUCUUGGAGACUUUUCAUAAAACGUUCGAGCUCUUAUCUGCUGCACUUGUCCACUUUGCCUUUAAGCAGUUCUUAAAGGCAAGGACCUCGAAGCGCCAUUUUCCAGAAUUAAGUCUGUGAUUUACAAUUACACCACGGCACUUCCCCUUUAAGGUUAUUAAAGGUAAGGUGUGGACAGACGUUUGCCUUCAGAUGACAGCGCGAAGAGCUGAGCCGGUGGCAAACCUCUUUCGGCCAGGGCCCAGGAGGCACCAGCAAGGGGGCCGUCCUUCCCUUUUCAAUAAAGAAUUUUUCUACUGCACUUGCUCACUUUGACUCUCUGUUCUCAAAGCCCCCACGGAAAAGAUGGAUGUAGAUGGAAACUGUUGCAGACAAGAAAACUCAGG